GUAUGUGUGUGUGUGUGUGUGAGGGCAUGUGUGAAGAACAGGCUGCUGCUAACAGCCUGUGACACCAAGGAGGCCGCUCACUCAUCGCACCACUGGAUGGUAAUAUGUCUGAUCCGGUCAAACCUCGGACAUCCUUCCUGAUAGAGGACAUCCUCUCCAUGAAAGACAAUGCUGGAAAAUGCUGUUCACAGACGACGGACAAAUGGGAAGAGGAAGCUAAAAAGUUGUCAGAGUCGACGUUUGUCGAGCAGACAGCUGCAUCACUGGACAAUACCUGUCCUAGCAUGUCCGAGUCCAACAGCUUCGCAUCAACGGGAAAACCCAAACGCUCCCGAGCAGCGUUCACACACCUCCAAGUGCUGGAACUGGAGAAGAAAUUCAACCACCAGAAGUACCUGUCAGCCCCAGAGAGAGCUCACCUGGCCAGCCAGUUAAGACUGACCGAGACCCAGGUGAAGAUCUGGUUUCAGAACCGCAGGUACAAGACAAAGAGAAAGCAGCAAGCGUCUGAGUUCUGGAAAGACACGUACAAAGUAGAUGGACUGGACCCAACAGCUCUCAUCAGUACCUUCUGCAGGGCGUACCAGUGCAGACCAUACUUGUGGGACUACGGGGGGCCCUGGAGACCUGCGAUGUGGUGAAAAUGACUUGAAGAUCAAAUAAAAUGUUGCAAAUCUGUUAUUUGAUUAAAUCAUAAUAGUGUGUAUAUUUUAUAUUUUGGCCCAGGAUGUAUUCGUAUAAAUAAGUUGUUCCAUUGCGGAUGUGAAAAUAAACAUUACAUCACUUAA